AUGGGGUCCCUUUCAGACUGUCCACACAGAGUGUGCAUCCCCUGGAAGGGGCUCCUGCUCACAGCCUCACUUUUAACCUUCUGGAACCUGCCAACCAGUGCCCAGACCACUGUUGAAGUCAUGCCAUUCAAUGUUGCAGAAGGGAAGGAGGUCCUUCUACUAGUCCAUAAUGCGUCCCAGGAUCUUUAUGGCUACAACUGGUACAAAGGGGAAAGGGUGCACGCCAACUAUCGAAUUAUAGGAUAUGUAAUAAACGAUCAAGAAAAUGCCUCAAGGCCCGCACAGAAUGGUCGAGAGACAAUAUACCCCAAUGGAUCCCUGCUGAUCCAGAACGUCACCCACAAUGACGCAGGAAUCUAUACCCUACACGUUAUAAAGAAAGAUCUUGUGAAUGAAGAAGUAACCAGCCAAUUCUACGUAUUCUCGGUGCCACCCAAGCCCUCCAUCACCAGCAACAACUUCAAUCCGGUGGAGAACAAGGAUAUUGUGGCUUUAACCUGUCAACCUGAGACUCAGAACACAACCUACCUGUGGUGGGUAAACAAUCAGAGCCUCCUGGUUAGUCCCAGGCUGCUGCUUUCCACUGACAACAGGACCGUCGUUCUACUCAGUGUCACAAAGAAUGACAUGGGAUCCUAUGAAUGUGAAAUACAGAACCCAGUGGGUGCCAGCCGCAGUGACCCAGUCACCCUGAAUGUCCGCUUACAAGCAAGUUCUCCUGACCUCUCAGCUGGGACCGCUGUCAGCAUCAUAAUUGGAGUACUGGCUGGGAUGGCUCUGAUAUAG